AAGCAGCUUCCUGCCCUACAGCCCGCGCUCGGCGGUCUUCUGCGGGGAGCUCGGGGAGCGGCCGGCACGCCGUGAGGAGUACGGUGCGGAGAGCAACCCUGCGACCCCGGCGCGCACCUCGCGGGGAAGGCUUCAGGGACGGCGGGACCGAGCCCCCGCGAGGAACGAAAAAAUAGGCAUCAAAAUUGGUCGACCCGAAAGCGGCCUUCGGAGUUGAUGUUGACACGAGUUGGAGUUGUUCAGUCGGACACGAGGCACUGAAGGCAGAGCCGAGUGCGCGUUCCCAGCUUGGGCGAUGCGGGUCGGCUGUGUGGCUCCGGUUGUGGCGCGUGUCCUGCCCCCCAGCUGGUCCACAAAACCGUGCUGACCCGAGGCCUGUCAGGUUUCUGCGGCUCCUGGCCCAGCUGUCUCAGAAUUCUGCACGAACACCCCAGUGUUCUUAAUGAGUGUUCUGUAUGUACUCUAGAUAGGCGUCCAUCCGUGCUGGUAACAUUGCCCAGUUGUGGCUUGCAUCUUCACUUUACUUAAGAUUACAGCCACGAUGCUGAGAAGGAUGACAAGGCUUCUCUCUGGGGCCCGGCAGUUGGACCCUGGACGUUUUUUGCACAGGGGGUCCCCCGCCCCUCAGAGCCUUGAUGCUCACCUGGAUGACCAGAGACCCAGAGCCGUAUCCUGUACUAGUGAGGAUGACCCGGCCAGGCAUGGGGAGCAGCACGCCGCUCUACACUACCACAUCCCCCUCCAGGAUCUGAAGACUGUGUUCCCCCAGGGCCUGCCCCCUCGCUUCAUCAUGCAGGUGAAGACAUUCAAUGAAGCUUGUCUGAUGGUGAGGAAACCAGCCCUCGAGCUUCUACAUUACCUGAAAAACACCAAUUUUGCUCACCCAGCUGUGCGGUAUGUUCUCUAUGGGGAGAAGGGAACAGGAAAAACCCUCAGUCUUUGCCACGUUGUUCAUUUCUGUGCAAAACAGGACUGGCUAAUAUUGCACAUUCCAGAUGCUCAUCUUUGGGUGAAAAAUUGUCGGGGUCUCCUGCAGUCUUCCUACAACAAGCAGCGCUUUGAUCAACCUGUAGAGGCUUCGAUAUGGCUGAAGAAUUUCAAAACUGCAAAUGAGCGUUUCUUGAGUCAGAUAAAAGUUCAAGAGAAGUACGUCUGGAAUAAGCGAGAAAGCACUGAGAAAGGCAGUCCUCUGGGAGCAGUGGUUGAACAGGGCCUGACGCGGGUGAGGAAUGCCACAGAUGCAGUUGGGAUUGUCCUCAAGGAGCUCAAGAAUCAGAGUUGUUUGGGUGCGUUCCAUCUGUUGGUGGCGGUGGACGGAGUCAAUGCUCUCUGGGGAAGGACCUCGCUGAAGAGGGAAGAUAAGAGCCUGAUAGCCCCCGAGGAGCUGGCGCUCGUGUGCAGCCUGAGGAAGAUGGUGAGAAACGACUGGCACGGAGGCGCCAUUGUGUUGACGCUGAGCCAGACUGGGUCUCUCUUUAAGCCAAGGAAGGCCUAUCUGCCCCAGGAGCUGCUGGGAAAGGAAGGAUUUGAUGCCCUGGAUCCCUUUAUUCCCAUCCUGGUCUCCAACUAUAACCCAAAGGAGUUUGAAAGUUGUAUCCAGUAUUAUUUGGAGAACAAGUGGCUUCAACAUGAGAAAGGAGUGGUCAUUGCAUUCCAACAUGAUCUGGAUCACGGAGCCUCCACACAGACGUUUCUGGGUGACACCAUGCUGCAGAGAGCACUGCCAGCUGUCCUUCCCUCCUCCCUCCCCCUGCCCACCAGCUCAUACGGAGGAAGGGAAGAAAGAGCUGCUGUUCCUGAGUGACGCCAACCCUGGGCAGCUGGAGCGGCUCUGCGCCUACCUUUAGGUCACUGCGCACAUCUGCUCCCAGCCUUCGCUGAAGAGUGACCAGAGCAGCCAGGAGAUGCCCUCCUGUUCCUAAAACUAGUUCAUUAGCUGGGGUUUUUCAUGUUAGGUAAUUAUGGAUUUUUCCCUAAAAUAAAUUAUCUUUCUUAAAA